AUCGUGCGAUGGAGAGGAUGACGGAGCAGUUGCGCCUGUUGCAAGAUAAGGUUGAAGGGAGACCGGAGAGGAGAGCUCGAGGACAUCCCUUCUCGAGGAAGAUUCUGGCGGCCCCUAUGCCGAAUAAUUUUAAGGAGAUGAACCUGGUGUUUGACGGGUCAUUUGACCCGUCGAGGCAUGUGAGGACCUUCGAAAAUAUGGCUGUGUUGCAUGGGUACUCUGAUUCUGUGUGUUGUAGGGCAUUUCUAUCGACCUUGCGCGGAGGAGCACUUGACUGGUUUCAUCAGUUACACCCUGGGUCGAUUGCGGAUUUUGAGGAUGUUGCUAGUAAGCUUACCAAUCAAUACUCGAGCGCGGUGGCGCAGGAGAAAACAUAUCUGACUCUGAUGGCGAUGAGGCAGGGAGAGAAGGAGUCGUUGAGAAAGUAUGAGUCUUCGAGCGGGGCCUUGUCGAAGCACCCUGGCAAAAACCCUGCUCGAUCAUAUGAGGAUGUUUUAAAGCGAUUGAGGAAGUACAUUAAUCUGGAAGAGAUGGAGGUGGAGUAUGCGAAAUUGGAGGGGGCAGUUCGACUAGAGCCAAAGAAGGAGAAGAGCCCACCAAGGGGAAGGUCACCGAGAAGAAGCUCGCCCCAAAGGAGUGGGCCGAAAAGAACAUCGGCCAGGAAAGAGGGUCGAGAUUCAAAGCAGACGAGAAGGGAUGACAGGUGGCAGGAGAGGCCAUUGUCGUUCGAAAGGCAGAGGUACCAUAAUUUUACACCCUUGAGAAAAGAUUUGACAGAAAGAUCCCGGGAGGAUUCAGAGGAAGGGAGUGAUAGAGAUGAGAAGGGAGAUGAUAGGGAUGGUCGAGGGAAGAAGCCGAGGAGAGAUGGAGAUAAGGGAGGACACGGAGACGAACAUCUUAUGAAGAGGGGGACAAUUGAUAUGAUUUCAGGAGGGCCGACAAAUGGUAACUCGAAUAAGGCCAGGAAGGAGCAUGCUCGAGCAGUGAAAAGGAAGAGAGAGGAGGUGGGGAUUACGGCUCGCAUGCCGGUGAUAAGUUUUAAAGCGGAGGAUGUUGAAGGGGUGGUCUUGCCGCACAAUGACGCUUUGGUAAUUACUGCGGAGGUUUCGAGCUUUGAUGUGAAGAGGGUGUUUAUUGAUACCGGGAGUUCGGUAGACGUGAUGUUUUAUGACUGUUUUGUGCAGAUUAAUAAGGAGCUAAAUAUGGAGUUGAAACUGGUGGCCACGGCGCUUUACGUUUUCAAUGGAGGAGAGAUGAUGCCGAUGGGCGAGGUGAUUUUUCCAGUAGCAUUGGGAAUAGGAGAGACGAGGAAGGUACGGAUGGUAAGGUUUAUGGUAGUGGGAGCUGAAUCGUCUUACAACAUCAUUAUGGGGCGAACGAGCUUGAACGCGUUCCAGGCUGUGGUAUCCACGUACCACAUGACGAUCAAGUACCUUGUGGGCAAAAAC